AUGGAGUGCCAGUUCGGAAUCACGGGGAAGGGCUACACCAUCAUUGCCUCGGACUCCAAUGCCGCGAGGAGCAUCAUCAAGAUGAAGGGCGACGAGGACAAGAUGAAGGAGCUCAGCAAGCACCUCGUCAUGGCAUACAACGGGGAGGCCGGUGACACAUUGCAAUUUGCAGAGUACAUGGAGAGAAAUCUCAGGCUUUAUGGCAUCCGAAACCACGUCGAGCUUCGACCAAAGGCAGCCGCCAGCUGGAUCCGAUCGCAGCUCGCAUCGUCGCUGCGCUCCCGAAAGCCAUACCAGGUCAAUCUGCUCCUCGGCGGCUUCGACGUGCCCUCCUCGUCGCCUGCCCUCUUCUGGCUCGACUACCUCGGGACACUCGUCGAGGUGCCUUUUGCUGCUCACGGCUAUGGCGCACACUUCACUCUCAGCACCAUGGACAGGUUCCAUCGACCCGACAUGAGCCUUGAAGAGGGCAUGGAUCUGCUCAGGAUGUGCAUCGGCGAGCUCAAGAAGAGAUUCAUUGUCGAUCUGGGGCAAUGGACGGUCAGGAUCGUCGACCGGGACGGGAUCAGAUUGGUGGAGCUGUAG